CGGGCUGGUCUCUGCCCUAAUGCGGCGGCUGGCGGCGAGAGGCGCAGCAGGGGACGCGGGGGAAGUGGCGGCGCCGGCAGCGGACAGCUCGGACAGCGCCCAGGGCCGGAGCCCGAGCCCUUGGAGGUUGAUUGACUUAUGUGCAAUUUGGGACGCUGGAGUUUACCUUCCCUCCGCAGCCCGGAACGGAGCCUCCUCUGGUGUUGCAAGGAGGAGGCUGAAUGAGGCAGAGAAGCUGAGCUCUGUCCGGGAGGCCCAGUUAAAGCGGCUCAAGGUGACAAGACCCCGAGUGCUGGGGAGCAGGGAGUGGGGCCGGGUGCCGAGGAUGGCCAGGCAGCCACCGCCACCCUGGGUCCAUGCAGCCUUCCUCCUCUGCCUCCUCAGUCUUGGCGGAGCCAUCGAAAUUCCUAUGGAUCCAAGCAUUCAGAAUGAGCUGACGCAGCCACCAACCAUCACCAAGCAGUCAGUGAAGGAUCACAUCGUGGAUCCCCGUGAUAACAUCCUGAUUGAGUGUGAAGCAAAAGGGAACCCUGCCCCCAGCUUCCACUGGACACGAAAUAGCAGAUUCUUCAACAUUGCCAAGGACCCCCGGGUGUCCAUGAGGAGGAGGUCUGGAACCCUGGUGAUUGACUUCCGCAGUGGCGGGCGGCCGGAGGAAUAUGAGGGGGAAUAUCAGUGCUUCGCCCGCAACAAAUUUGGCACGGCCCUGUCCAAUAGGAUCCGCCUGCAGGUGUCUAAAUCUCCUCUAUGGCCCAAGGAAAACCUAGACCCUGUCGUGGUCCAAGAGGGCGCUCCUUUGACUCUCCAGUGCAACCCCCCACCUGGACUUCCAUCCCCGGUCAUCUUCUGGAUGAGCAGCUCCAUGGAGCCCAUCACCCAAGACAAACGUGUCUCUCAGGGCCAUAACGGAGACCUAUACUUCUCCAACGUGAUGCUGCAGGACAUGCAGACCGACUACAGUUGCAACGCCCGCUUCCACUUCACCCACACCAUCCAGCAGAAGAACCCUUUCACCCUCAAGGUCCUCACCAACCACCCUUAUAAUGACUCGUCCUUAAGAAACCACCCUGACAUGUACAGUGCCCGAGGAGUUGCAGAAAGAACACCAAGCUUCAUGUAUCCCCAGGGCACCGCGAGCAGCCAGAUGGUGCUUCGUGGCAUGGACCUCCUGCUGGAAUGCAUCGCCUCUGGGGUCCCAACACCAGACAUCGCAUGGUACAAGAAAGGUGGGGACCUCCCAUCUGAUAAGGCCAAGUUUGAGAACUUUAAUAAGGCCCUGCGUAUCACCAAUGUCUCUGAGGAAGACUCCGGGGAGUAUUUCUGCCUGGCCUCCAACAAGAUGGGCAGCAUCCGGCACACGAUCUCGGUGAGAGUAAAGGCUGCUCCCUACUGGCUGGACGAACCCAAGAACCUUAUCCUGGCUCCUGGCGAGGAUGGGAGACUGGUGUGUCGAGCCAAUGGAAACCCCAAACCCACUGUCCAGUGGAUGGUGAAUGGGGAACCUUUGCAAUCGGCACCACCUAACCCAAACCGUGAGGUGGCCGGAGACACCAUCAUCUUCCGGGACACCCAGAUCAGCAGCAGGGCCGUGUACCAGUGCAACACCUCCAAUGAGCAUGGCUACCUGCUGGCCAACGCCUUCGUCAGUGUGCUGGAUGUGCCUCCGCGGAUGCUGUCACCCCGGAACCAGCUCAUUCGAGUGAUUCUUUACAACCGGACACGGCUGGACUGCCCUUUCUUUGGGUCUCCCAUCCCCACACUGCGAUGGUUUAAGAAUGGGCAAGGAAGCAACCUGGAUGGUGGCAACUACCAUGUUUAUGAGAAUGGCAGUCUGGAAAUUAAGAUGAUCCGCAAAGAGGACCAAGGCAUCUACACCUGUGUUGCCACCAACAUCCUGGGCAAAGCUGAAAACCAAGUCCGCCUGGAGGUCAAAGACCCCACCAGGAUCUACCGGAUGCCUGAGGACCAGGUGGCCAAAAGGGGCACCACGGUGCAGCUGGAGUGUCGGGUGAAGCACGACCCCUCCCUGAAGCUCACUGUCUCCUGGCUGAAGGAUGACGAGCCGCUCUAUAUUGGAAACAGGAUGAAGAAAGAAGACGACUCCCUGACCAUCUUUGGUGUGGCAGAGCGGGACCAGGGCAGUUACACGUGUGUCGCCAGCACCGAGCUAGACCAAGACCUGGCCAAGGCCUACCUCACCGUGCUAGCUGAUCAGGCCACUCCAACUAACCGUUUGGCUGCCCUGCCCAAAGGACGGCCAGACCGGCCCCGGGACCUGGAGCUGACCGACCUGGCAGAGAGGAGCGUGCGGCUGACCUGGAUCCCCGGGGAUGCUAACAACAGCCCCAUCACAGACUAUGUCGUCCAGUUUGAAGAAGACCAGUUCCAACCUGGGGUCUGGCAUGACCAUUCCAAGUACCCCGGCAGCGUUAACUCAGCCGUCCUCCGGCUGUCCCCGUAUGUCAACUACCAGUUCCGUGUCAUUGCCAUCAACGAGGUUGGGAGCAGCCACCCCAGCCUCCCGUCCGAGCGCUACCGAACCAGUGGAGCACCCCCCGAGUCCAAUCCUGGUGAUGUGAAGGGAGAGGGGACCAGAAAGAACAACAUGGAGAUCACGUGGACGCCCAUGAAUGCCACCUCAGCCUUUGGCCCCAACCUGCGCUACAUUGUCAAGUGGAGGCGGAGAGAGACUCGAGAGGCCUGGAACAAUGUCACAGUGUGGGGCUCUCGCUACGUGGUGGGGCAGACCCCGGUCUACGUGCCCUAUGAGAUCCGAGUCCAGGCUGAAAAUGACUUCGGGAAGGGCCCUGAGCCAGAGUCCGUCAUCGGUUACUCCGGAGAAGAUUAUCCCAGGGCUGCGCCCACUGAAGUUAAAGUCCGAGUCAUGAACAGCACAGCCAUCAGCCUUCAGUGGAACCGCGUCUACUCCGACACGGUCCAGGGCCAGCUCAGAGAGUACCGAGCCUACUACUGGAGGGAGAGCAGCUUGCUGAAGAAUCUGUGGGUGUCUCAGAAGAGACAGCAAGCCAGCUUCCCUGGUGACCGCCUCCGUGGCGUGGUGUCCCGCCUCUUCCCCUACAGUAACUACAAGCUGGAGAUGGUUGUGGUCAAUGGGAGAGGUGAUGGGCCUCGCAGUGAGACCAAGGAGUUCACCACCCCGGAAGGAGUACCCAGUGCCCCCAGGCGUUUCCGAGUCCGGCAGCCCAACCUGGAGACAAUCAACCUGGAAUGGGAUCAUCCAGAGCAUCCAAAUGGGAUCAUGAUUGGAUACACUCUCAAAUACGUGGCCUUUAACGGGACCAAAGUAGGAAAGCAGAUAGUGGAAAACUUAUCUCCCAAUCAGACCAAGUUCACGGUGCAAAGAACAGACCCCGUGUCACGCUACCGCUUUACCCUCAGCGCCAGGACGCAGGUGGGCUCUGGGGAAGCCGUCACAGAGGAGUCACCAGCACCCCCGAAUGAAGCUACUCCAACCGCAGCUCCUCCCACAUUGCCCCCGACUACCGUGGGUGCGACGGGCGCUGUGAGCAGUACCGAUGCUACUGCCAUUGCUGCCACCACCGAAGCCACAACAGUCCCCAUCAUCCCAACUGUCGCACCUACCACCAUCGCCACCACCACCGUCGCAACAACUACUACAACCACUGCUGCCACCACCACCACGGAGAGUCCUCCCACCACCACCUCCAGGACUAAGAUACACGAAUCCGCCCCCGAUGAGCAGUCCAUAUGGAACGUCACGGUGCUCCCCAACAGUAAAUGGGCCAACAUCACCUGGAAGCACAAUUUCGGGCCCGGAACUGACUUUGUGGUUGAGUACAUCGACAGCAACCAUACGAAAAAAACUGUCCCAGUUAAGGCCCAGGCUCAGCCUAUACAGCUGACAGACCUCUAUCCCGGGAUGACAUACACGUUGCGGGUUUAUUCCCGGGACAACGAGGGCAUCAGCAGUACCGUCAUCACCUUUAUGACCAGUACAGCUUACACCAACAACCAAGCGGACAUCGCCACCCAGGGCUGGUUCAUUGGGCUUAUGUGCGCCAUCGCCCUCCUGGUGCUGAUCCUGCUCAUCGUCUGUUUCAUCAAGAGGAGUCGCGGCGGCAAGUACCCAGUACGAGAAAAGAAGGAUGUUCCCCUUGGCCCUGAAGACCCCAAGGAAGAGGAUGGCUCGUUUGACUAUAGUGAUGAGGACAACAAGCCCCUGCAGGGCAGUCAGACAUCUCUGGACGGCACCAUCAAGCAGCAGGAGAGUGACGACAGCCUGGUGGACUAUGGCGAGGGUGGCGAGGGCCAGUUCAAUGAAGACGGCUCCUUCAUCGGCCAGUACACGGUCAAAAAGGACAAGGAGGAAACAGAGGGCAACGAAAGCUCAGAGGCCACGUCACCUGUCAAUGCUAUCUACUCUCUGGCCUAACGGAGCCCACCCAGGCACAGCCACCACUUUGCAAGUGGGAGGAGGGGAGAAGGGGAGACAAAACCACUGCAGACCUACCACAAAGCCACCACCACCUUCAGUAACAAGGGUACGAUAUGGGGGUCUGCCAAGCUGUGAGGACCAGUAACCACCAAGCCACCCACAAGCCCCCUCCCAAUGACCCCCCUUUCAGCCCCGGGUGCCACCAGUGUGGGAGAGCUGGAGCCGUGGCUGAGCCCAGCUGGAGGGAGCCUGGCCCCUCGCCCGGUCUCGCAGCCACCCCGAGCAUUCCACCACACUGCCCGCCCUUAGCCUCGGCACACGCUCACCGUUUCUGUUGGUUACAGGACUUCUCAUAGUCUUAAUUUCGCUUUGUGCAUCUUCCCCUCCAGACCCAAUGUCUCCGUUUUCUUUUCCUUUUGAAAAAGAGUCCCUGGAAAAGAAAGAAUAAGUGGAUUCUCCCCCAGGAGACCACAAAGAUAGGCAAAAAGGAUUGAAUCCGUACCAGAACACGUAGACAGGCUGUAAUAUUCAAACCACCUCUGGGCCAAUGCAUUUCCGAAGGAUGCCUUUCUCGUCAUAUGCCUCCCCUGGCCCCCAACCCCUCUGCCUCGGCCUUGUCAGUUGCUGAGCUGGGCUUGGCUCCUUUCUGGAAAAUGACAGUAUUUUUGGCAGGGAGAAGGUGUGCAGGCCUCCUUGCUGCUCUCUGGUUCGGUUGGGAGGUGUGUUUACCUCUUGCUCCUCAUUCCUCCCCUGCCCUUUUCUCUGGAGUAUCUAAGAUGUGAGCUGCACUGACUCUGAAGACGUUUGAGGAACAGGAGUGGGCACUGAUAGAAAGGACUUCAACGCCAGUGACUGUGUACCUCAAGCAGAAGGAAAUCAGGUGGCUGGUCCUGGGGGCACUGUGCUCACCUCUAGAGAGAAGAAAAAGGCUGGGUUUGGACUUCCUGCCUCCCUACUGGUUAAACCCAGGAUGUAGAUAGAGGGCCACACCCACUCUGUCCAGAGUAGAGGGCACCUGUCCACGUGGCCAGGGCCCAUGCUGCCACCCUCGAGGAGAUGGAACCCUGUGAUGCAAAAGCUUUGCUGGUGUGUUUGGGGCAUAAGGCACUGCUCCCCUUCCAUCUCUAGCAGAUAGAUAUCAUCUUCUCAGCCAAUUCUGUAGGACACUGAGGCUCUUGUUUGACGUGGUGUGUGGAUGGGGACUUGCCCCAAAACCGAGCAGGUCUGCCCUUUCAUUGGGGUGUAUACAUAUCAGGGGACCCUGAGGUGGCACCAUACUCAGUGCUGUGAUGCCCCCACCUGGGGAGGACUCAAUGCUUUUUGUAUGCCUUAUGCAGCGCUGAUCUGUCCCUGGAGUUCCCAGGUUCCCAGCCCCUCCCUGCAAGCCUUGAAGCCUCCAGCGACGUCUAUCUCCAGGAGAGCAGGGCAGCCUAUGCAAAUGUUCCGGCAGGACCAGAAGCGGCCACCAGUCACCCCAAAUGGAGACACUCACAGACCUGCAGUUCUCAGACCGAAGGUGCUGCCUUCAUCCUCCCCACCUAAUGCAUUUUUGAAACCAAAGGUACCUAGCCUCAGAGACAGAGAAGGAGAGGGGGAGAUCUUGAGUCUAAGAGGAACCCUUUAGCUGUUUCUGUAGCUGAGGUCAGUUUCAGGAGGGUGAAGCUGAUCCCCAGGAACGGAUCAGCUGCCAUGGGCACAGCCUCCGAUUUGAGCCUGCAGCUGCUAGCCAGGGGGCCUGGGCCGGACCAGGGCUCUGUCCUUCAGUGACUUUAUUAAAGCAUCAUUUGCCACAUGUUUAAGCUGCAAAGGUAUUAGCAAUGCUUGCAUCAUUAAUAAUCAUUCAGUUGAAGGUCAAGCCCAUAGACACACACUCUCUGUCUGCUGAUAAGAAACCGUAGCCCAGAACUGAGCCAAUAGGGUUGUUUGAACCUGAGAGUGUGUGAUGGUCAUUUGGGCCAAGUCUCAGCUAGGGCUGGUGCCUGGAUGCCUGAAGGGCAGCUUAUCACAGUGCAAGGGGACAGGGUAAACAGCAGGGGGUGGGGUGCGAGCUUGGAGGGCCCCUGCCCUGGGUUUCCUCCAACACCUGCUUGGAUACUAGGCCCACUGUCCCUGAAGCGAAUGUCAGGGAAGUGUGCCUGUGAGCUGAAUUAAAGGACUGGCCUUUCCAGAAAACGCUCUGGAUCUGAGCAGAGUAGUCAGUUUCUCAGACACUCAUUCCAUACUGCACCGUACAUGCCAGUGUACCCAUUGCACCGAAAGCAGGCUCUUAGGGCAGGAAGGGAUGGUGAGCAAGUCUGCCACACCACCUGGUGACUGGGAAGGGCUACUUCCCUCGUAAGGGUCUGGGGGAGAAGUAAGCCCGCAGCCUGCCUCUGCACCUCAUUCCACUGUCCUGCCAGGCUCUGUACUGUCCUUUGUGUAUGAAGAAAAUGCUAUUAGUUCUCUCUCAGGCUGCUGUUCUGUGGGUGCUGAGAGCUGCCCCCCAUCAUCAUGCAAUCACACCUCUCUGAGUAGAAGCAAAUCUGAGGCUAAAGAAUUAAGUUUUCCCCAAGCAAGGAAGGCAGGUGGUCAGAGAGAUCCAACGCUGAGGCGUGGGGAUUGCAGGAUUCAGGAGGCAGCUCCUUUGGGGAAGAGGAGGGUGCAUUUUCUAUGGAGCCCAUGUCAGAGUCCACCCUAGUUCAGCAGGAAAGCAGAAUUGCCCAGUACUGCCUGCCAGCUGGGUCUCCCAAGCAACUACCCCAAGACAUACCAACAGUGAAGCCAGGACAGCACCAUGCCACCGGCGCUCCAGUCUGUCUGGCUGGGAGGAAAGUGCUGGGCAUCUUACAGUAACUCUAGAAGUUCCUUUGACUAGGCUGCAAUCCCACCUGUGUGCUCAGCCCUAAGAGCUGUGGUUUCCUGUGCUCUCAUUUGUUCAUUCAUUCAUUCAUUCAUUCAUUCAUUCAGCAAAUAAUCUGAAAUCCAGUCUGAACUAAGGCCUGAGCUGUGGAUACCAUGGCGUGUGAGUUAGAUGUGGUCCCUGCCCUCACGGGGCUGACAGUCCUGAAAUCAAGUGCUGGGACACAGUGGCCAUUAAGCUGGGAGCAUUAUUCCCUCUACUGCUUAAGCCACUGAUGGCUACGAGCUUGAAGAGAGGGAUUCUGAGGGAGAGCUUGGUCCAUCUGGUCACCAAGGCUGGGCAGGACAGAGCAGUCAAGAACCACGGUGUGGCUUGAGAAACCGUCCUGCUUCCUGAGCCUCUUUGCUCUGCCUCUUGGGGCGAGCUCCUUAACCUGUCUGUAUUUUUAUGCCUCUGUCUCGCAUUCAGUUCCUCCUUGAAUACCUCUUUCUACAGAGAGGCAUGGGCUCCCCUGAAGGAUUGUCGAGGCCAGGGUUCGGGAAGUACAUGGAUCAGGGGACAGCUGCCUCCCACCUUGCCUGGGUGAUGGUGAAUGGGACUCAUCUUUCCCUGCCUUGCUUUUGAGGAGAUGGUUGAAUUUAAGCUAACAGGAAAGCCAAACCAGCACCCUCCUUUGUGCUGAGAGGUUGGAGACAUCUGGUCCACCCCGUCGCCCCUGCACCUGGCAAGCCCUGAAGUUGGGAGAAGUGACCACAGGUCUGAAAAUCAGCCAGUGCCAACACUGCGUGCCCUGCAAGGUGCAACUGAGCCCACAUUCAUAGUUUCCCUGACCACAGCCUUGGGAAGAGGGUGGAAACCCCCGAGGAUGUGUGGGUUUCCCAGCUAAGGGACAAGCUCCCCUGCCACACGCAGCGCCCAUGCAUGCUCGCAUACAUACAGCAGACCACAGCCUUGUUGCCAAGCAGUGCUUCCAAGGGACAGCAAUCCAGAUUCCAACAUUGUCUUGGAGAGGGUUAGUCCACAUCCAAGUUGCGUGAGAUGAGAGGCAAAGGGCUCUGUGUGGGUGAGGAACGCAACUUAGAGGAGCAGGAGAGGCCAUCAGGGUUGGGCCCUGUUUAGGUAAUUCCUGUUGGCAGCACCUAGAGAGAGCAUCUGAGCCGAAGGAGUGGGAAACUUUACCCCAGCAAUGGCACGGGCAGCGGGCUCUUUCUGGCGCCCUGUGCUGGAGCAGGGCCAAGUCUUAGGGCAUCACAAACAGCCCAUUUGAUGGAAGGAGCAGGGAAGUAGCACAUUUUUGUCUGUCUUUGUGAGGCUGCUUUGCUAACUCUCUGAGGAGAGGAAGGCUCUCAGGCUUUCCGUCGGCUGGGGCUGGUGCCAGAGAAUCCUUUCUCAGUGGCAGGGCAGCAGGUUCCUGGGAGGCCGGCGCAGGGCACCGCUCCCCGCUCAUGACACCUGGGUGCAGAGUGACCUCCUGCCCAGUCACCACUCCGGCCAGCCCCAGCCAAACACACACAAGCCCAUGGUUGCUGUUGGAUCUACCCUGUUAGUUGGCAAAGGAUCCUGCUUGAGCUCUGCGUGGUGGCCAAGCAGUAGCAUGGAGGAGGGCCCCGAUUUUAAAAAGGAAAAAUAGAGAAGCCUCAAAACAAUGAAACAAAGAGCUUGAUAUGUCAAGAGGAGACCAAGGCCCUGGGAGGCAUAGGCAAGCCGGGCAGAGUCAGACCAGCGCCCUCCCUUGACCAUCUCCUAGCAUUCCCCUCCCUUAACCUAGACAGGGGCUACCCCAUGUGAGUUCAAGCCAGACUUUGGGGCUGUCCCCAGCCUGCACAGCCCAAGCCUAGGGAAGUGUCCUUUCUUUCCCUUCCUUACUAAUAAUGGGCCUUCCUGAGACACAUUCAGAGAAGGAUCAGAGAGAAAGGAGAACCAUCCAGGAGAGCCACAAGCGCCCACCAAACAGUAUCUCAAGCCUCACCCGAAACUGCUGUUCCUCCUAUCAGCAUACUAGUAUUAAAUGGGUGUUCCACAAUGAGGAGAAUGGAAAUAGGUACAAAGGCAUCUAGCUUAGGACAGAAUCGGAUUUCAGCAUGUGAAGGAAUCCCAGAGCUGAUGUCACUGAAUUGAUUUAUCGUACAGACAAGGAUAUGCAAAUCCACAGAAGUGAAGGGAUUUUUGCUCAAGAUCACAUAGCUGAUAAACUACGGUACAGUUAGGGCUUGAACUUGGGCCUUCUGACUCCUUGUCCAGUGUUCUUUCAUCUCACCACAGCUGCCUCCUUUGAAACAGAGGUAUUAAGAUCUGUCCUUCUGGUUCACCCUCUCAUACCUCUUUACUGCCUCUCCCACAUCCCCACAUGCCUCCCAAAACGAAAGACAAACAGGAUUGUUUCUGAAACCAAGAUCAGUCUGUCUGUGAUCAGCCUGUGUGUGGUUCACCCAGCCAUGCAAUUAAGGGCAGACCUGGGCCAGUGGAAUAGAAUAGCUGAUUGGUGUUUGUUACUGUGAACCCUAGACCGUACCCCGUAGAAUGGUGUCUCUUGCUUUGUAACACAUCGGGCCUUCAGCGUGCUGUAUUCCUCAGAAGUGAGGGCAUCUCUGUCCAUUCUGCCCAUGGCCACAGGGUGCAGAGAGGCAGCAGGGCCCAUGCAAGCUGCCACCCUGCGAUUUGCUGGGCUGGAGUUCAACAGAUGUAAAGACUUCGGUGAAGCAAUAAACACAAAACUCUGGGAGAAGAUAUCCAGAAUUUUGUACAUUACUCUGUUUCUUUUUCAAAAAUGAGGCAGAUCAGAUGCCCCUGAGCUGCCCCUUUUUUCUGAUUCCCAACUGCAAUGUCCUCAGUCAGUGUUGUCCCUCUGCCCGGCUCCCCAGCUCUUUGCCAACCUCUUCACACUCCCCUUGAGCUGAGCAUCAGUCGCCUGUGACGUGGCCACCUUCUGUCCUGCUCCCACUCUCGACCCCUGCUGGACCCUGGAGGACCUCCUACCCUGCGCCCACCACACACCCAUAUUCCCCACCAUUCCAAUUUGUUCUUUCCCGUGGGAAAUUUUUUUCCCAGUGUCUCCAUCCCUUCCUACAUAUCCACACACACACAAAUUGGUCUGAUCUUUUUUCCAUUGGUUAAACAUUUAACUCCAUGCCAGACCUUGUUUUAACCCCUCUCACAUCAUGUUCUUUCUUUUUUGCGAGUUAUUUUGCAUUAACCAACUUUGUCAGUGACAGAUGUGUAUCUGAGGGUGUCACGCACGACCUUCAGCAGGGAAGACUUCUGGGCCGUGGAGGACCAUCUAAUACAUGGACUUAUAAACUGACUGCAUGAGCAAUGAAAAGGCCAAAUUAUUCUGAAUUUUUUUUUGAAUCACUGUAAAAAAACUGAUUUCUUUUGUAUAGAGAACACUAAACGUAUAAUAAAAGUUGUUCAAAAUGGA